CACUAAGCAACAUCGUUUACUAAUGAAUGGAAUUGUUUGCAUUUCUUGGAUGGUUCGAUUAUGUAACACAAGUUGAUAGCUAAGAUCUAUUUGAAACUAGCGCUUCAAAACUUGUAACUCAUGGACCAACAGCAGAGGAUUUGGAGAAUGGAUAUUCGGUCCAUUGACAAGCAUCAAGGCAUCUCAUCUCAAAUGACCCGAAAGAGGGUGAAUCUUGUUAUUACUUUGGGGUUGUGUGUGCUGAUUUUACUAAUUUAUCAAAGUGUGAUUCAGGACAGUUUUGAUUGCAUUAAACCUUUUGUGAAAGGCCCCCAAAGAGAACCAGUUAUAGUGUUCAGUCAUUCGGUGAAUCAGGUGGAUCAGCUUAAACAAAAGGUUCAAAACGUUGCAAGUGACGUUAAUUCUGUGGAUUCUCUGCACUCUAACAAAGAAUCCCAGGACAAUAUUGUUCAUGAUCUAGAAGUAAAGGAAAGUGGCACCAAACGGCGCAUAGAACUGCUAGCACAUACAAUUAAAAGAAUUGAAGACAUACGUCCACGAAUAGUGAAAAAGGUAUCUGACAUGGACAAAAAGCAGGAAGCAUUAGGUAACAAGGUUAAACACCUAGCCGGCUAUCAGAAAGAGAUUGCCGUGGCGAUGACAAGCGUGGCUGAUAAGGUUUCCAGUCUUGAUAAAAACGUACAGUCAGUCAGUGAGUCGAGUGAAAAGAUUACCAAGAUGUUGACAGGGGAAGAAUUCACCAAUCCUGAUUUGGAGAUGGAGAUGGCUAUAAUGCGAAGACAACUGAUGGAUUUGAAAUCCAAAAUUGAGAUCAACCCUACUCUGGUAAAGAUGCGGAAAAAACAGCAAGUCCUGGGUCAGACUCUCGAUGCCAUAGAUCGCGAGAUCACCAUUAAUGAGAGACGAUUGAGUCACAUUACUGACACCAACAACGAGUGGGGUGGGCGUCUUAUGGAGGAGGGAGAAAACCGUAACGUUCUCAAUGAUGCCAUUCAGGCUCUCGCCAAGUCACUGAAGGGUGUCAGAAAUGAUGUCACGAGACUGCAAAAUCCACAGGGUAGUUUGAAAGUUAACUUUGCUUCUGUAAUCAGUCCAGCCUUCAAACCAUUGAGAGUAAAAAGAGGUGCUGAAGCAGAUAUACUUAAAUCAUUGUACAUGAGAAAUGCAUCCCCAAGGCUGUUCUCAGGUAAACGUGAUGACAUACCUAUAAGGAUUCUGAGGAGUAGGUCUGGGUUGCUGGUACUGCAUGGCAAUGCCAGUCUCAUUUGGCGGAAAGGGGUCACGAGGGAGACGUGUUAUCGACUGUGUGAAAUCGAGCAACUCCUUGAUUGUAACUACUACUUCUUUGACACACUCGAUCAGAGGUGCAUACUCAUGGACAAGAAUCUGUUGGGCAUAUAUCUACAUACAGAAAAAGAAGAGGACCAAACUGACCAAACUGACCUGAUCAAACCUUUAAAUAAUGAUGUGGAUACAAUCAAGAAAGAGGUAGAAAAUCUACAGACAAAAUUAGAAACCGAACUAAAGUUUGACUCUUCUCAUAUUACUCGCAUGUACGAUUUACAAAACAAGGAAAGUAAUAUUGAAAGCACGCUAAAAGUUCUGUCGGACAGAGUGAGAGACCUAGAUGUCAUAAACCCUCAAAUAGUAGGGAAAAUAAACACAGUCGAUAACAAAGUGGAGUCGAUAUCCGGGGAGGUCGAAACGAUGGGUAACUAUGAACACCAGAUGGCUAAUGCACUGACUAAUGUGGACAGGAAGGUGGUGAAUCUGGACAGUGAGCUGACAUCAAUCAGACUGGCCAACGACCACCUGUCCAGGCAGCUCAGUAACGAUCAGAUGGCUAACCCCGAGUAUGAGAGAGAUAUCACAGACUUGAAGAGAAAAUUGGUGGAUUUGAUGUCAAGAGUAGAGGCCAACCCAACUGUGAUGAAGGUGAUGAAGAACCAGCGGAUCCUUGCCGAGGCCCUGCAGUCAGUGGAGCGUGAAAUCGCAGUGUUUUCUAAACGGCAGUUCCAGCUGGAGGAGAACGCCAACGACUGGAACAGCCGCCUUAUCGCCCAGGAGGAGCACCGUCGGACGAUGAGCGACGUACUGGACACCAUCUCACAGGCCCUCAAGGACGUCAGGAAGGAUGUCGCAAAUCUGCUCAAUCCACUGUCGGUAGAGAACAUGCAGAGAACGAAACAGAUAAAAGAGAUGAGGUCUGAUGUUGAAGUGCUGGACAAGUCCAACUCUGAGCUGGAGCAGGAUGUGUUUCACCUGAGAACCGACCUGACGAAGCUCGUCAAGGAUCUCGUCAACGUGCAGCUGUCCAGCUACGACAGCAAGUCAAGCAUCAUGGCCCUGGUGGAGGCCAACAAGAACAUCAAGCUGGACUUCACGCGCGAGAAAGCUAGCCAGAACCAGAUGAUAACUCAGAUACGGACCCUAUCGACUGUGUAUCGAAGUGUCCUGGCUGCUCUUCACAGUCUCGAACUCAAACAGAUUCAAGUGAUGCAUCAUGUGUCGCAAUACGAGAAUGAGAUGCGCCGUAUAUCCAGUGAUAUCGGAAAUCGGGAAAAUCUCGACAAAGACUCUGUUCUGAAAGCACAGAUUAAGCAGGAUAUGCCUCUAAUUUUGGACAUGAGAAAGUUUCAGAUUAGGCUGUUUAAGCAGGUGUAUGAGCUGAAGAGAGAACUCUUCACUGUCCAGAGGAAACUGAAGGCUCGGAAGUUAGUCGCCCAACAACUCGCAUCCAAAGCUGCUGAACCAAGUGAAGGAACAUUUCACAGUGAUGAAGAAAAUCUUACAAAUAAAUGGUUUAAAAACAGAAUGCGUGAACCAUCAGUGGAAAGCAAUGUGCUACCAUUUCCUGAACCAUCAGUGGAAAGCAACGACCUACCAUUACCUGAACCAUCAGUGGAAAGCAAUGUGCUACCAUUUCCUGAACCAUCAGUGGAAAGUAAUGAGCUACCGUUUCCAUCAGGAAAGACCGACAAGGACCGGCGGAAAUGGUUAUCAUGGUUUAAUAUGAGACGGCUAGGUAACGGGAAAUCACAGAAUUCAAAAAUGAAAUCAAUUUGAUAUUUAACCUGUGGCUGAAGACCUACUGCAAUACAUAUGUUGGACUUCAUGUUGUAUAUUAUCCCCAUGGUUUAGAAUAAACGGUUUCACAAUGA